ACACAAUGUGGGUUCAGAUAGCAAGUACAGUAUGUAAUCUCACAGUUGGAAGAAAUUAAUAUAUUGUUUUGAAUUUAGUUGAACAGUUUAUAAAAAUGAUUUGGCAUUGUAUAUCUAUACCUUAUGCCACUUUUUUACUUUUAUGAAAUUGUAUCUUAAAUAGAUCGCCCAUUAGAAAGAAUUAAAAUUCUUUAAUUUCAAAAUUUAUCGUGACAAAAAUGUUCAUCAUAAGAUGACAAAUAUUGGUAGAAAUUUGGAACCCCAUGCCCAACAAUAGGAAAUGGAUUUUAAAUGGUGAGAUGACCACCGGAUGGAAUAGUACACAGCCGUGUUUAAAGAGAUUUUUAAAUACCCCUGGAAAAGAAUUAGUUUAAAAGAUAUUGGGAGGACACAAACUUUACUAACAAAAUGCAAAGAAUAAAUUCCAAGUGACAACAUAUUCGUUCAUGCUUAUUGGAAGGGCAAGAACUGUCUCUUCUGUCCUCCAGCCAACCCAUGACACAAGUACCUCUCCUGGUCCCUUUGAAGAAAAGAGGCAACUGAGUCACCCAUCGUCCAGAGUCCUGAGGUUCUGAGAUCUGGCUGCCUAGCCCCUCACCCACCUGCUUCUUAGUUACUGUAUUACAGUGUCUGUGUUUGUUGAAAUGUAACGCGAUGUUUUCAGUAGGUUUAUGGGUUUGGGGUGGGAGUGGCGCAUUGUUUUCCCUUAUGUUCCUAUGUCCCGACGUUUGUACGAUAAGCGCACUGUACCUUCUUCUUAUUACAAAUAACCUCAACAAUGGUGAGAUGUUUAAAAAAAUUUCAACUUCCUUUGCAUAGUCACACUCGAAUCUUGUGUUUCAGGAUUGUCUGCAUCUCUAAUUUCCAGAACCUUCUCUGCAACUGCUGGUGGCUCUGCUCCUCCUGAUUAGUUCAUGGCUCUUCUGGGAGUUCAUCCAAGGUGCUGAGACUCUUCCCCCACCUCUAGUCACUGAGCUACCAUCCCAGACCCUCUAACCCCCUCCUCGCUAAAUCAGUAAAUUACCCAAGCUGGCCUGAAAUUGGGACCCUCCUGCCUCAGCCUCCCUGAGUGCUGGGAGUACAGGCGGGACCCGGUGCUUGACCUGUGCUCGUUGUCCCUGUGCUAGAGUCGCAGCAAGCAGCCCGCGUGCAGUACUUGGGCCUUCCAUGUCCGAGUCCCUGUCCAGUGACCCCGAGGGCAGCGGGGAACCUCAGGGCCACAUCCCGCUGCGGCCGCUCUUUAUCAGAUCGCUAAGGCAGCUGAAGAAAGGAGAUGGGGUCGGGCGCUCGUCCGGGGGGCUGUUGUUGCGAAGUGACGGUCCCUGAAACAGGAGUUAUGUGUCCUGGCUUGAAAGUUACAUCUUAAGACAGAGUAGAGACGCGGUGUUUCGAAGGUAGGAGGAGUGUGCCCGCAGGGGUUUGAAGCAUCGCCAAGCCCAAGAAUAAAUCAGAGAAGAAAAAAUGAGCCUCUCAUUUUGUGGCAACAACAUCACUUCAUAUAAUAUCUACAACGGUGUAUUACAAAACCCCUGCUUUGUAGAUGCCCUCAACUUGGUCCCUCAUGUCUUCCUCUUGUUUAUCACUUUCCCAAUAUUGUUUAUUGGGUGGGGAAGCCAAAGCUCAAAAGUGCAAAUUCAUCACAAUACCUGGCUUCAUUUUCCUGGACAUAACCUGAGAUGGAUUCUUACCUUUGCCCUCCUAUUUGUGCAUGUUUGUGAAAUAGCAGAAGGAAUUGUCUCAGAUUCACAGCGGGAGUCCAGGCAUCUACACCUCUUCAUGCCGGCUGUGAUGGGAUUCGUUGCCACCACGACAUCCAUAGUAUAUUAUCAUAACAUUGAAACAUCAAAUUUCCCUAAAUUACUUUUAGCUUUAUUCCUGUAUUGGGUAAUGGCUUUUAUAACAAAAACCAUAAAACUGGUCAAAUACUGGCAGUUGGGAUGGGGCAUGUCCGACCUGCGUUUCUGCAUCACAGGCAUGAUGGUGAUCUUGAAUGGGCUCCUCAUGGCUGUGGAGAUCAAUGUCAUUCGGGUCAGAAGAUAUGUAUUCUUUAUGAAUCCUCAGAAAGUAAAGCCUCCUGAAGACCUCCAGGACCUGGGUGUGAGAUUCCUGCAACCAUUUGUGAAUUUACUGUCAAAAGCAACCUACUGGUGGAUGAACACACUUAUCAUUUCUGCUCAUAGGAAGCCUAUUGAUCUGAAGGCAAUUGGAAAAUUGCCCAUAGCAAUGAGGGCAGUGACAAACUAUGUGUGCCUCAAAGAUGCCUAUGAAGAACAAAAGAAAAAAGUAGCUGAUCAUCCCAAUCGGACUCCAUCUAUAUGGCUUGCAAUGUAUAGAGCUUUUGGGAGACCAAUUUUACUGAGCAGCACAUUUCGUUACUUAGCUGACUUGCUGGGUUUUGCUGGACCUCUCUGUAUUUCUGGAAUAGUUCAACGUGUGAAUGAAACCCAGAAUGGGACAAAUAACACAACGGGAGCCAUGAUAUACAAUAAAAUCCUUAGGCUGUCUACAUCUAACUUAUCCAUGGGUGAGAUGACCCUGGGACAGAUCAACAACUUGGUUGCCAUAGAAACCAAUCAACUUAUGUGGUUCUUAUUCCUGUGUCCCAACCUAUGGGCGAUGCCUGUUCAGAUCAUCAUGGGAGUGAUUUUGCUCUAUAAUUUACUUGGAUCAAGUGCGUUGGUGGGCGCAGCUGUCAUUGUGCUCCUCGCGCCAAUUCAGUACUUCAUUGCUACAAAGUUGGCAGAAGCUCAAAAGAGCACUCUUGAUUAUUCCACUGAAAGACUGAAGAAAACAAAUGAAAUAUUGAAAGGCAUCAAACUUCUAAAGUUGUAUGCCUGGGAGCACAUUUUCUGCAAAAGUGUGGAAGAAACAAGAAUGAAAGAAUUAUCGAGUCUCAAAUCCUUUGCACUUUAUACUUCACUCUCCAUCUUCAUGAAUGCAGCAAUUCCCAUAGCGGCUGUCCUUGCUACAUUUGUGACGCAUGCGUAUGCCAGUGGCCACAACCUCAAGCCCGCAGAGGCCUUUGCCUCCCUGUCUCUCUUCCACAUUCUUGUCACCCCGCUGUUCCUGCUGUCCACCGUGGUCAGAUUUGCAGUCAAAGCCAUCAUAAGUGUCCAAAAGCUCAACGAGUUUCUCCUGAGUGAUGAGAUAGGGGAUGAUAGCUGGCGAACUGGUGAAGGUUCUCUGCCUUUCGAGUCGUGUAAGAAACACACUGGAGUUCCAAAAACUAUAAACAGGAAACAGCCUGGAAGAUACCACCUGGACAGCUAUGAGCAAUCCGCCAGACGCCUCCGUCCCGCAGAGACUGAAGAUAUGGCGAUCAAGGUCACAAAUGGAUACUUUUCAUGGGGCAGUGGUUUAGCCACACUGUCCAAUAUAGACAUCCGAAUUCCCACAGGUCAGCUAACCAUGAUUGUGGGUCAGGUAGGAUGUGGGAAAUCCUCCCUUCUCCUUGCCAUCCUCGGUGAGAUGCAGACACUGGAAGGAAAAGUUCACUGGAGCAAUGUAAAUGAAUCUGAUCCUUCUUUUGAAGCAACCAGAAGUAGGAACAGGUAUUCUGUGGCUUAUGCAGCUCAAAAACCUUGGCUGCUAAAUGCUACAGUAGAAGAAAAUAUUACCUUUGGAAGUCCUUUCAACAGACAAAGGUACAAAGCUGUCACGGAUGCCUGCUCUCUUCAGCCAGACAUUGACCUGCUACCAUUUGGAGACCAAACUGAAAUCGGAGAGAGGGGCAUCAACCUGAGUGGGGGACAAAGGCAGAGAAUCUGUGUCGCACGGGCACUCUAUCAAAACACCAACAUUGUCUUCUUGGAUGACCCAUUCUCUGCCCUGGACAUCCACUUGAGUGAUCAUUUGAUGCAGGAAGGGAUUUUGAAAUUUCUCCAAGAUGACAAAAGAACACUUGUUCUGGUGACUCACAAGUUGCAGUAUCUGACACAUGCUGACUGGAUCAUAGCCAUGAAAGAUGGAAGUGUCUUAAGAGAAGGGACUUUGAAAGACAUUCAAACCAAAGAUGUUGAGCUGUAUGAACACUGGAAAACACUCAUGAAUCGGCAAGAUCAAGAAUUAGAAAAGGACAUGGAAGCUGACCAGACAACCUUAGAGAGGAAAACUCUCCGAAGAGCCAUGUAUUCCAGAGAGGCCAAAGCCCAAAUGGAAGAUGAAGAUGAAGAGGAGGAGGAAGAAGAAGAUGAAGAUGAUAACAUGUCAACCGUAAUGAGGCUCAGAACUAAAAUGCCGUGGAAAACCUGUUGGUGGUACCUUACUUCUGGAGGAUUCUUCUUGCUCUUCCUGAUGAUUUUCUCUAAGCUUUUGAAACACUCAGUUAUUGUAGCCAUAGACUAUUGGCUGGCCACGUGGACAUCAGAGUACAGUAUAAACAGUACUGGAAAAACUGACCAGACCUUCUAUGUGGCUGGAUUCAGCAUCCUCUGUGGAGCAGGUAUUUUCCUUUGUCUUGUCACCUCUCUCACUGUAGAAUGGAUGGGUCUCACAGCCGCCAAAAAUCUCCACCACAAUCUUCUCAACAAGAUCAUUCUUGGACCAAUAAGGUUCUUCGAUACCACACCUCUAGGACUGAUUCUCAACCGUUUUUCAGCUGAUACUAAUAUCAUUGACCAGCACAUUCCUCCGACUCUGGAAUCCCUGACUCGCUCCACGCUGCUCUGCCUGUCUGCCAUCGGAAUGAUCUCUUACGCCACUCCUGUGUUCUUGUACGUUUUCUCCCAAGUUGCAUCAAUGGACCUCCAGGAACUUGAUGAUAGUACCCAGCUCCCUCUGCUUUGCCACUUCUCAGAAACAGCUGAAGGACUCACCACCAUCCGGGCUUUCAGGCAUGAAACCAGAUUUAAGCAGCGUAUGCUGGAACUGACAGACACAAACAACAUUGCCUACUUGUUCCUCUCGGCUGCCAACAGAUGGCUAGAGGUCAGAACGGAUUAUCUGGGAGCUUGCAUCGUCCUUACAGCAUCCAUUGCUUCCAUCAGUGGCUCUUCCAGCUCUGGAUUGGUGGGUUUGGGGCUUCUCUAUGCACUUACGAUAACCAACUAUUUGAAUUGGGUUGUGAGGAACUUGGCUGACCUGGAGGUCCAGAUGGGUGCAGUGAAGAAAGUUAACAGCUUCUUGACCAUGGAGUCUGAGAACUAUGAAGGCACCAUAGAUCCUUCUCAGGUUCCAGAACAUUGGCCACAGGAAGGAGAGAUCAAGAUUCAUGAUCUUUGUGUAAGAUAUGAAAAUAAUCUGAAGCCUGUUCUUAAACAUGUCAAGGCUUACAUCAAACCUGGGCAGAAGGUGGGCAUCUGCGGGCGCACUGGCAGCGGGAAGUCAUCCUUAUCUCUGGCCUUCUUCAGAAUGGUUGAUAUAUUUGAUGGAAAGAUUGUCAUUGAUGGAAUAGACAUCUCUAAACUACCACUGCACACACUCCGUUCUAGAUUGUCAAUCAUUCUACAGGAUCCAAUACUGUUCAGUGGUUCUAUUAGAUUUAAUUUAGAUCCAGAGUGUAAAUGCACAGAUGACAGACUCUGGGAAGCUCUAGAAAUUGCCCAGCUGAAGAAUAUGGUCAAAUCGCUACCUGGAGGUCUAGAUGCGGUUGUCACAGAAGGUGGGGAGAACUUUAGCGUGGGGCAGAGACAGCUGUUCUGCCUGGCCAGGGCCUUCGUCCGCAAGAGCAGCAUUCUCAUCAUGGAUGAAGCUACAGCUUCCAUCGACAUGGCCACGGAAAAUAUUUUGCAGAAAGUAGUAAUGACAGCCUUUGCAGACCGCACGGUGGUUACCAUAGCCCAUCGUGUUCAUACCAUUCUGACCGCAGACCUGGUUAUUGUGAUGAAGCGAGGAAAUAUUUUAGAAUAUGACACUCCCGAAAGCCUCUUGGCCCAAGAAGAUGGAGUAUUUGCAUCUUUUGUUCGUGCAGACAUGUGAAGAAGAGUCGGAAAAUGACACGCAUAGUUUUUUUAAUAAUGCAAUCAUAAUCUGUUUAGUUAUCAUCAUCAGACCCUCAUAGGGAGGCGUCUUAAACUUUGACAAUUUUUUUUUUACAAGAUGAUAUUUUUUUCUUGUUCUGGAUUAACUGUUUUCCAUGACAGAACUGCUUCCUAUGUUCAUUACUGUUUUCCUAAGGAUUAAGCCACUUGACCUUAAUGGCAGGUUGUAUUAAAACACGUAAGCUACUUUAAGUGAUAAGUUAGCAGUUUAUGUUUUCAUAACUUUAUGCCUAGUAAAUAUUUCUCACAUACAGAAGUUGCGAUGAGCAGUCAGUAUUACUAUGCUCUUAUUUGUAAGAAUAAAUUUUCUUUAUUGAUGUCUCCAAAUGUCAUUGAAAGAGAAUAAAAGGACAUGUUUUCUCAUGAAAUGCUUAAAUUCAUUCUCUGCUUUAUAAGAAUAGACUCUGUUAACAACAGCAACAAUGACUUUCUUAGCUGUAUCUUUCUUGUCCUCUACAUUGUUUCCUGUCACCAAGAUGUCAUCACAAGUAGCCAGGCAUGGUGGAAGACACCUGCAAUCCCAACACUUGGGAGGUUAAGGCAGGAGGAUUU